AUGGCCUCUCACCACGGCAGUUACCAAGCCGUGAUUUGCCAGAUUGGCUUUGGGGAACCGGCGAAGGGCACAUUCGAAGCGCCAGUAUGUGCCUCGCAGGUUGAUCAUGGCACCGACGUAUUGACGGAACCAAAACAAUCUGAGGAUGUUACUAUUGACAGGCCAAUAAAACUGGAUCCUGACGCUCUGGUUCGGGCUGUGAAGCGCCGUCGUAUAUUAGAUGAGCUAGUACACACCGAAGAAGACUAUAUCAGUGAUAUAAGGUUGCUUUUAAAUGUUUAUGUUACGAUGCUGGUGUCGCUUCCUUCCACAUAUCAUGGCUUACGGCAAUCAGUCAACCGGAAUCUCUCUGACAUCUUACAGCUGCAUGAAGAAUUCUUGGACGAGCUUCAGCGCGCCGUCUCAAAUUCGGGGAUCAAAGAAUUUGGUCAUCUCGAAGGUGUUACUGGAAUACCAGACCAACCGCUCCAUGAUCGGACGCAAGUCUUCAGUCGUAACGGAAGAGCCAACGUUCACCGCGGUCGGUCAACCAUGGAAACUUCUGAGCUAUGUGCAGAACCACAAGUUAUUGUUGAAGUUUCCAAAAUCUUUGAGAGACAGAUGAGUCGUUUCUUUAUAUAUAAAGAGUAUGGCGCCAAGUAUGAAAUGAUGGUUCAAGAAACAGCUUCAGUAUAUGAUACAUUGCCGGACUGGGAUUGUAACCAGAAAGGGCUCGAGGCCCUGUCAGCUCUAUUAAGCACGAGGAGCUGUGCACUGCGCAACACCAACAGAGCGGCUACUAUGAAAGAUCUCCUUGUGAAGCCGAUACAAAGAAUCUGCAGGUACCCUUUGAUAUUUGGAGAGCUCCUCAAAUAUACGCCUGUUGCUGAUUGCCCUAACGCACACAUGGCGGCUGAGAGCGUGUUAGCCCGGUUUCGAGAAGCAACAACAGAAAUUAACCAGGUGACAAAUGACCCUCAAAUGAGGAACACUUUAUCACGCUCCUGGUUACUACAAGACCGACUCGUAUUUCCAAACAGGAGUUUCGAUUCGGUUUCCAAAGAUCGUGUACGAUCUUUCGGUCAUGUUCGCCUAUGCGGAACUCUCCACGUCUGUUGGCAAACUCCAGAUGGAGUUGACGGCCAAUACUUGAUAUGUAUACUUUACCCUGAUGUUCUCUGCUUGGCAUGUGCUGGGAAAGUAGAUCCCAUAUAUACCAUAAAAGCUUGUAUAAAUGUGCAUGAAGUCAAAAUAGAGGAGGCAGAUAACGGAAGAGGUUUACAAUGCCACACAGCUCCUUUCUCUUGGAAGCUCGUUUUUGAAUGCCAUCAUCAGCUAUUUGAAAUUAUUAUGACGGCCUGUGCCCCCAAAGAAGAAGUGGAAUGGCGCGCACGAUUAUCUUCACCACUAGCACAAUGCAAAAUUGGAGUGGCAACCACGCUUACAUUUCUGGACUUGAACAUUAAAAGCCUUGGGGCUGUUACCAGCAAAUCAGAUCCUGGUGCUCGAAGACUGUCCAUUCGGAGAGCUACCACGAUAUGUCCCAAGCCAGCUUUGUACCAGGUAAUCAUCAAAAACACAAGUGGAGUUCGCCAAACCAGCGGCCACGGUUCUACGUCGUUAAACAUGCAUCGAUCUCAUUCGCUACUUGCUGCAAAGACUCGUGUUUCGUUUCUCGCGCCACCUCGAAGCGAACGCGCGCGUUUAGAGAUUAUUUUGGCUGAUGUCUGGAGUCAAGAGAUUCUGCCCUUUUCAGGCAUGAGUGGUCGGUCGAGAAGUGAGCGUCUAGUUAGAACAUCAGCCUCGACGGUUAUUAGGAAGCUGAGUGUGGCGAGUAUUGCAAGCUCCUUUGCCAAGAGAGCUAGCGGACUGAGGCAGAGAAUGUCACUCGAAGACACUUUCCGGCCAGUCGGGCUACAAACGACACCUUCAGAAGUGGCAGACCCUGGAUCCACGUCAAACUCGGAAAACAGAAUGAGUGAUUUAGAGAGGCAUAAAGCUUCGACAGCCGCAGCAAAGCGCUCAUUGUCUCAGGAGGAAAUACAGGGAACGACGAAGAAGAGAAGCGGCAUGUCAGGUCAUGGAUUCCGAGGCAUGUUCAGUUAA